UCAUUGUGUAUUAGAAAUUUUUACGAUAUACAAACUAUAUAUUUUCUUUUGGGUGAACUACUGUUACUUUGCUUGUCUUAGCGUUUGGUAAUUGCAUGAGCAGGGAGGAGGCAGGGCUGUUGGCGGGACUUGGUAUCGACGAAGCUCUGGGACGGCUGUGUGGCGGACCUCUCUGUUACUUUGGAUCUUCAGGCUUCAACCAACGAGUAGUGGAUGAAGGAUUGUGAUAGAAUGUCAAGAAGAAGCGUUAGGCAAAAGGCUAGAAAGCAGAAACUUGAAACGACUGAAGAGCCAGCCUUCGUACUUUGCACAAGGAAGAGAAAAGCCUCUCCGGAAAACAUGGGGAACCAAGACGUGGCCAAAAGAAGACAGCAAUUCCAGAUCCAGAAUCGCUGGGUCCCCAUCUCUCAGGGUUCACAUGUAGGCACUAGUUUCAUUGUCGCCACAGACUCAGAGGAGUUGAAUGCUGACUUUGAAGUAGGUUCACACUUCCAGAUCAGGAAUCUCCUCAGCGACAGUAGAUUAUCCCCGUUACCCGACCUGAACUGGGCCAGCUCCAGAGAGCUGUGGUCACCCAUGUUAGAGAAGGAGGCGCUCUACAACAGAGAUCACAACUACCUGAACAGACACCCGGGGCUGGCACCGCGCAUGAGGGCCAUUUUGUUAGACUGGUUAAUAGAGGUGUGUGAAGUGUACAGAUUACACAGGGAGACAUUCUACUUAGCACAAGACUUCAUCGACAGAUUCCUGUCUACAGAGAGAGACUUACCCAAGCACAGACUACAGCAUAUAGGCAUCACAGCUCUCUUCAUAGCAGCAAAGUUAGAGGAAAUUUACCCGCCAAAAGUGACAGAGUUUGCCUAUGUGACGGACGGUGCCUGUACAGAUGAAGAAAUCCUGGACAUGGAACUAGUGUUGUUGAAGGCCCUGAACUGGGAGUUGUCCCCGAUGACAGUUAACUCCUGGCUGAACGUCUACCUCCAGCUGGCUAACCUGGAUGCCAUAGACUUCGAAGAGUUCUACUUGCCACAAUACUCAGGACACACCUUUGUACAGGUUGCCCAGCUGGUGGACCUGUGUAUGUUGGACAUCAGCUCCCUGCAGUUCUCCUACGCUGCCAUUGCCACUGCUGCUCUCUAUCACAACAGUUGUCGGGAUAUCUGCCUCAGAGUCUCAGGUUUUUCAUGGGAAGAAGUGGCUCCGUGUGUGCAGUGGAUGACGCCAUACGCCAUCACCAGGAGAGAAGCGGGCUAUGUUCCACUCAAGAUGUACAACCAGAUCAGUCCUGAGGCUGCACACAAUAUCCAAAACCACACCUGUGAUCUGGCCAUGCUGGAAAAAGCCCAGGCCAGACAGGCAGAGAUGUCGUCCCUGUCCCGAGCCAGCCCUCUGUCUAUCCCCGGGAUGAUUACCCCUCCCCAGAGCAACAAGAAACAGCACACCACCACUUGAGUGGCUGGUACCAUUCCUCACCAACAUGUGGUGUCCACAGUCUUACAAAAUACCAGUCUCUGACUGGAACAAGGCAGCUAUCUUCUUUGUACAGUUUUCAAAAUUUUGAGAGUGAAUAGGACUUUGGAAGGAGGAUAGAACAGUGUUGAGUUCCAUACCCUUGUGUUGCCCUUGCUAUGGAGCUUGUAAUGUUUUCUUUUGUUGAAAAGGAAACACACGUGUAUCAGAAGCUUUUACUUUUCCUGCUUACAAAUUUUUGUCCUUAUUUUUACUGCUACUAUCACUGCCUGUAAUCAUUUUUUGUAGGUAUUUUCCGUACCCAGUUAAGUCCAAGCAAUAUCACGCUUGCAAUGUACACGGGUAUGUGCAGCCAGUAUACCUGAUAUAUGCUAGUUGGCAAAUUAAUGAAUUGCAAGUCCCUGAAAUGCUUCUGCAAGUGCUCUUAAAGAUAUAGCAUCUUGUGCAAAUGUCUUGCUGUUAUGGCAGACUG